CCCAGACUAGAACCGCGACUCGCUGACGCCGUGGUCGAGAGACGUUUACCCCAAUAAUUCCUUGAACCAUUGUACAACUCAUUGCGACUCCAGCGUUCAGUUACUCGAAGCAUAUUCUGUAUAUAAUUCGUCAUAUAUUUUGGCUCCUUCAGUCUCGGAGCCACACAGUUACCUCGGGCACAUGCUGAAGAGUCGGAGAUGAAACUGUGAACUUAACGCGCAAACUACAACACUUCAUAUCCCUUGCUUAUACAGCGCCGGCAACCCUCCAGAAUGACGGCUAUUAUCCAGCAUACCCCGAUAGCGAACAGGCGCAAGCGCAAGAGAAGACGUCGUCAGGACAAGUCUGCGGUGUUCGCUAGACUGGUGCUGGAUGACCAUGUCCGAGGCGAUGUGGGGAUUGUGUCCGAAGACCUCUAUAACGAGCUCUUUCCCUCCCAAGACCAGCAAGACGAAACAAACGGCGAUGGACCCGUCGGCAUACCCGACCUUGCACACAUUGCGAUAUCCCCGAAAGCCCCCUUCACAUCCGUGGACGAAAUUAGCUGGACAGUCGUGCCCGUGAGGCCAUCAAGCGCCCUCGCCACCAAUACCAUACAAUUCGCGCCCAGCUCUGUCGCCCUACAAGGCUUUGCCGAAGAGCUCCAACGCACGACUCCGUCGAAACUGCUCAGUCACAGCCGCAGCGGGAUCGAAAUCUGGGCACUUGACGUGUUACCCCUGACAUUGGACACUGUGUUCGUCACUCUCGAAGCUAGCCUAGCCAAACGACUUGAAAAUGGCGAGGGGACGUUCCAUAAAGAGCACCCGCUUGCCAACGGCAAUCACGCAAAUGGAAAGAGCGCUGUGCCGGAAGACCGACUCAGCUCGGCAAUUCGAGAGGCACUGUCCUCAUUGAAGGUUGUGCACGCAGGUGACUUUUUCCCGCUUCCCCUGGCGCCGCAUUCUAUCACGCAUGUUUUGCCCCCACCAGCAAAGGUGACUCUGUGUGAGCCAGUCGCACAGGGCAUCUUGUCGCCAAAUACGCGAAUCAUUGUCACGCAGACGGGGCACCACACGAGGACUGUCAGGAAGGCGUCUAAUAUGUCCCUGAGGCGCGUUCUAGACCAGGUCACUGAGGUAGAUGAGGAUACCUCGAAUGAGCAGUUCUUUUCGGCCGCCGAAGACCGCUACAAAACCGAUGCAGCUCCUGAAGAUGAUUCGAUGACAGAGACCGAGGCCGAAGAUCAAGACCUUGACGAUACGGACAAUCUGUCUGACGAUUCUAUGGAUGAGAUGAUUUCUUUACAAGCUCCAAUGCUACCGUCCUCGAACAGUGGCAUGGCUACGCCUCUCGGCCCUGGCCGUAGAACCAAUGGCAUUGCAACUCCCGGGUCGGUAUUUUCAAAUUACACCGCGACAACAGCGCGAGUUGGUGGCCAGCGGGGAAGACUCUUCAAAGCGCAAGGUCUAAUGAGCCCUCUCCCUGAAGAGCUGCUCCGCCCUACUCCUCCAGCCGACGAUGACGAUGAAGCACGCAUCUACGUUGACGUAAACUCGCUCACCAAGAUCGGCUGCUUCUCAGGCGACUGGGUACGCCUAGAGACUGCCUCUGAGCCGCCUGAGCAAGGCAUUGGUCUAUGGACACUGGGUAGCUUUGGGCAGGCGCAGGAUGAGGACUUCAUCUGGCGACCGGUCAAGGUUUACAGUUUGCCAGAGGGAUACUGGCACAGGGCCGUCACCAAGAUACCAUCUAGCAGAGGGUCGAAGAGGAUGUCAUUCUUCGACUCGCAGGUGUCGAAACCCACGAGCCCGACAGUCUAUCUUUCACCAAUAUUGUUGGCCAAUCUAGAUAGCACGCCAUAUGUGCGCUUGUCGACCCUGAAGCAGACCCAGACGUUAGGGAAGGCCUCAUUACCGAAGAUUACCAACACUUCGCUGCCACCCGUUGCCCGCGAGGUGACCUUCGCAAAGAUCGCUACACCUUUGGCUACUGAGAAGACUCUACAAACUGCAGCUAUUAGCGGCCUCAAGCGACACUUUACUCAGAGAGCGAGGGUUGUCAAGGCUGGAGAUAUCGUCGGAAUUCCGAUCGAUGAGGCGCUGGGAAGGACAUUAUUCCAGACUUCAUCGGGCAAAGAGGACGCGAUAACAGACGACAUGCUAGCCAAUCCUGAUCAGCAGGGGACCGGUUUGACGAAAUCUACUGGGGUUAUUUGGUUCAAGGUUAGCCAUAUCACGCACGCACGACGUGAAGAGGUUGAGGACCCUGAGGACGAUAUCUGGGGCGGCGUAGCAGCUAUUGAUUUCUCCCAGACGCAAAUGGCUGCAGCUGGGACGGAAAAGAGCCGCUUGCCACCGACGAAGGAUAGCCCUUGGGAGCACUACUUCAAGCUGCGAGCGGUCUCUAAAUCUAGCUCUGAUGCUUUGGCCCCGGCUAUGCCAGAGCCUCAGCCUCAGCACAUCACUCCUCUCCGUCGCCAGCUGCGAGAACUGGUCGCUGCUGCGACAAGCGCGAGGUCAAUCCACCUGAAGCUGCCGCCACUGGCUAUCCUGCUUGUGUCUACCCAGAGGAACAUUGGCAAAGCAACGCUCGCUAGCAGAGCCUGUUCCGACAUCGGCCUUCACAGCUUCACCAUCGACGCGUAUGACAUUGUCAGCGAAGGUGGAGCGGGAGGUGACGUUAAGACAGAAGGGUUCCUCAAGGCGCGUGCUGAUCGCGCCCUGACCUGCGGCGCGGAGAACACGGCGCUCGUAGUCCGCCACAUCGAGGCCCUGGCGGCCGAGCGGAUGAUCGCGGCUCUGAAGGACGUCCUCGCCGACUCCCGCGUCAUCAUCGCGACAACAACGGAUGUGGACAAGGUACCUGAUGGAAUCCGCAGCCUGUUCACUCACGAGCUCGACAUGCACGCACCCGAUGAGGGCGAGCGUGAGAGCAUCCUCCGCAGCAUCGUCGAUGACCGCGGCGUCUCCCUCUCAACUGACGUAGAGCUCGGCGGCGUAGCCGUCAAAACCGCCGCCCUCGUCGCUGGUGAUCUAGUUGACGUCGUGGACCGUGCCCUGGUGGCACGCCACACUCGCCUCGAAAGCCUCGCUACCUCGGCCGCCUCGGCCGCCCUCCCCGUCUCCGUGCGCGACGUGCAGCUCUCCGGUGGCCCAUCGCGCAGCCUCACCAGCGCCGAUUUCAACCACGCUGUCGAGCACGCGCGCCAGAACUUUGCUGACGCCAUUGGUGCGCCUAAGAUACCGAACGUCACGUGGGACGAUGUCGGUGGUCUCGCGCACGUCAAGGAUGCUGUCAUGGAGACUAUCCAGCUGCCCCUUGAGCGCCCUGAGCUGUUUGCUAAGGGUAUGAAGAAGCGCUCUGGUAUCCUGUUCUACGGUCCACCUGGUACGGGUAAGACGCUGUUGGCCAAGGCCAUCGCAACUGAGUUCGCGCUCAAUUUCUUCUCCGUCAAGGGCCCCGAGCUGCUCAACAUGUACAUCGGAGAGUCUGAGGCGAACGUGCGCCGUGUGUUCCAGCGGGCGCGCGACGCGAGGCCCUGCGUCGUCUUCUUCGACGAGCUUGACUCUGUCGCGCCGAAGCGUGGUAACCAGGGUGACAGUGGGGGUGUCAUGGACCGCAUCGUGUCUCAGCUGUUGGCGGAGCUGGAUGGUAUGAGCGACGGCGAUGAUGGCGGCGGCGGCGUGUUCGUCAUCGGCGCGACGAAUCGCCCGGAUCUUCUGGAUGCAGCGCUGCUCCGUCCAGGUCGCUUCGAUAAGAUGCUCUAUCUUGGUGUGAGCGAUACACACGACAAGCAGGCGACGAUCAUGGAGGCGUUGACCAGGAAAUUCACCAUGUCCCCCACCCUCUCGCUCCCACGCAUCGCCACCCAUCUCCCCUUCACCUACACCGGAGCCGACUUCUACGCCCUCUGCUCCGACGCCAUGCUCAAAGCCGUAACACGCCAAGCCUCCGCCGUAGACGCACAAGUCAAAACCAUCAACUCCCAGCGCGCCCCCGACGACACAGUCACGACGGCGUAUUUCUUCGACCACUACGCAAAGCCCGCAGAUGUGGCUGUGGUGGUUACGGAAGAGGAUUUCAUGGCUGCGCAGCAGGAGCUGGUGCCUAGUGUUAGUGCGAAGGAGUUGGAGCAUUACACGAAGGUGCGGGCGCAGUUUGAGGCUGUUCCGGAGGGGAGCGGGGGCUCGGGGGGUGUAGAUGGGAAGAGGGCUAAUGGGGUGGUGGAGAAGAAGUUGGUGAAUGGGCGGCCGAGGAGUAGUGGGAAGGGGAAGGGGAAGGGGAAGGCGAGGAUGGAGGAUGAGGAUGAGGGAGUGGCUGUUGGUGGGUUUGGGAGGGCGGAGGAUGAUGAGGAUUUGUAUUAGGGG